UUAUACUUUAAUAUAUCCCAUUUUCAUGCUCAGCACGUUGGUGUUGCAAGAAAUGGACCUUGGGCGGAUAUAAAGACUUGACGGGAAUUUCAACAAUUCAGACUAUUCUGAGCCCAGUUGGUCAUUUGGCCACCUGACGGGGCAACAUGUGGAUGGCAGGAUCUGCGAACCUGCAGCUCCUCACCAAGCUCCUCAGACAUGCAACGGGCAAAGCCCAGAUCCAGUUGAACCGCUGGCUGCAGAAGACAACAACGGAUGAGUGCGACAAAAUCGACAUCCUGAUAUGCAGCGCCUUUGAUGAGAGAGGCGCCGGCAUGGGAAAGUUUGACGCUGACCCCGAAGACGCCAGCAACGUCGGUGGGGUGGCCUUCAGCGGCGGCGGAGAGUUUCGGCACCCUUGUUGCAUCACCACCUGUUGCUUCAAGAGUGCCCUGUUGGCUUGCAUCCUGACGGCUGUGUGCUUCUCCUCCGUGGCCCUGGUGCGGCAGUACCUCAAGGACCUACUGAUCUGGGUGGAGAGUAUGGAUAGUCUCGUCGGAGCCCUGCUGUUCAUCGUCGGUUUGAUCGUCGUGUCCUUUCCCUGCGGCUGGGGAUAUAUCGUCCUGAACGUGGCAGCUGGCUAUCUGUACGGUUUCAUGCUGGGCAUGGGACUUGUCAUGGUCGGGGUUUUGAUAGGAACUUUUGUGGCACACCUGGUGUGCAAGCGGCUGUUGACUGCCUGGGUACUUAAUAAGAUUGGAAACAGUGAACAGCUCAGUGCUGUCAUACGAGUGGUGGAAGGAGGGAGUGGACUCAAAGUUGUGGCCUUAGCGAGACUCACACCCAUACCCUUUGGGCUGCAAAAUGCCGUUUUCUCGAUCACAGACGUGUCCUUGCCAAACUACCUGGUGGCCUCCUCUGUCGGCCUGCUGCCCACACAGCUCCUCAACUCCUACCUGGGCACCACGCUGCGCACCAUGGAGGACGUCAUCGCUGAGCAGAGUGUCAGCGGCUAUUUUGUCUUCAGCCUGCAGAUCAUCAUCAGCAUCGGCCUGAUGUUCUACGUCGUGCACCGUGCUCAGGUGGAGCUCAACGCCGCCAUCGCCGCCUGCCAGAUGGAGCUCAAGACCUCUCACAUGAACGGCACCGCUGCCAACCACAGUGGCUUCACCUACUGCAGCAAGAGGGCGUCGGCCGGCACUGGGAACUGCGUCAAUGUGGUAUGA